AGUGCAGCGGACCGGCUACAGCUUGUCCAAGCCAUGCCGGCGGCGCGCGUGGAGUACAUCGCGCCCUGGUGGGUUGUGUGGCUGCACAGCGUCCCGCACCUCGGCCUGCGCCUGCAGCGGGUGGACAGCACCUUCAGCCCCGGCGACGAGACUUACCAGGAGUCGCUGCUCUUCCUGGGGGUGCUAGCUGCCGUUGGCCUGGGCCUGAACCUCCUCGUCCUUGCUGUGUACCUGGUGUGUGCGUGCUGCUGCCGGCGGGACCACACAGUGCAGACCAAGCAGCCCAACUCAUGCUGCAUCACCUGGACAGCGGUGGUGGCCGGGCUCCUCUGCUGUGCUGCGGUGGGUGUUGGUUUCUAUGGAAACAGUGAGACCAACGAUGGGGUACACCAGCUGCUCUACUCCCUGGACAACGCGAACCACACCUUCUCUGGAAUUGACGAGCUGGUAAGGAUUGUGGGCAGGUGGCUGGGCACAGACACAGCCCAUGAGGUCAGCAAGGCCAGAACAAGGGUGCCAGUCAGAUCUCAGGAGCCCAGCUGCGCCCUUCAGAGCUGUGUGAUGGAUGCUGUGGGCUGGGCUGUCUUCUGAGCAGUUGCCCUGCCAAAGGCAAACAGUUUCUGUGACCCAAUCCAAGAGAGAUUUCAGGGCAGCUCUACCCCCAUCAGCCCCGUUAGUCUGCAGAACAUCUGAGCACUUGCCCAUCCCCUGAAGGAG